GUCUAGCACUGGCGUAGACUUUCUCGUGCUUGGAUCCCCCCCGUAAUACCUUAGUAUAGCCAUUGUCAUCUUCAGGCAGAGACUAGCAACACUCAAACCUCGAGCUCGCGAUACCAUCUACUUGCAGAACAAAACCCAGCUCCCCCAACCCCCCUCAUCACGGAAUAACCACCACCACCACCGCCGCCGCUACGAUGCCCGAGGUCUACCACGCACACCCAGACUACGGCUACGACCGCGACUUCAAGGGCUACGGCGAGGCCGGCAUCGACCCCAAGUGGCCCAACAACGCCAAAAUUGCCGUCUCCUUUGUCAUCAACUACGAGGAGGGCGGCGAGCGCUCCGUGCUCAACGGCGACGGCGUCUCCGAGACCAACCUCCGCGAGAACCCGACCGGAGGCGCCCGGAUCAACGAGCGCAAUUAUAAUGCCGAGUCCGAGUUUGAGUAUGGCAGUCGUGCCGGGUUUUGGCGCAUGUUCAAGAUGUUCAACAAGCUCAAGAUGAAGUUCACUCUUUAUGCCGUCGCACAGGCCGUCGAGCAGCAGCCCGAGGUCGUGAAGCGGUGCGUCGAGGAAGGCCACGACGUUGCGUCGCACGCCUACCGUUGGAUCGAGUACCACGACAUGCCCGUCGAAAAAGAAAAAGACUACAUCCGCAAGGCCAUCACCUCCCUCAAGGCCCUCUCCGGCUACGCCCCUCGGGGCUGGUAUUACGGGCGCAACUCCCCCCACUCGCGCACCCUGGUACCCCAGGUCUACGAGGAGAUGGGCGAGAUGCUCGAGUGGAUGAGCGACACGUAUGCCGACGACGUGCCCUACUGGACCGACCUCGCGCACGAGCGCGGCCUGCCAGACGACCAGGCCAAGGGCUGCCUCAUGGUCCCUUACAGCUACGACUGCAACGACUUCAAGUUCCACGUCGUGGGCAGCGGCUUCCGCGACCCCCAGGGCUUCCUGACGCACAUCAAGAACGCGUUCGACGUGCUCUACGAGGAAGGCCAGGAGGGCAUGCCCAAGAUGAUGACAAUCGGCUUGCACUGCCGGAUCAUCGGGCGUCCGGGGCGGUUUGCCGCGCUCAAGGAGUUUGCAGAGUACAUCAGUCAGAAGGAGGGUGUCUGGGUGGCUACGCGCAGCGAGAUCGCAGAGGCGUUCAAGAAGAACUACCCAUACAAGAGAGGGCAAUUGGCCUAGGCGACGCGAUAAACCAAUUAUAAAAACUUCCUCCUUGCAAUUAGGACCCCGAGUGACUCAAAAGUCUAUGG